UGGCUAAUUUGGCUGGAGCCUGAAGGCUUCUUGACCUAGUGCUCCGUGACUCGAAUCGUUCCGUGCGCAGCUAUAGAUUCCAUAAAAAUAACCUGUGGAGCUGAUGCGAAUAGUUAGUUCAACGGUCGCACGUGCAAUGUUUUCGGCAACGUGACGCGAGUGUCCGAAGCUCCUUGGAACGAGAAAUCCAAUUGUAAGUCGUCCGGGUUUCGAAAAAUGGCAACAGGUAAGCGGCGCCCGCUGCACCCGUCGACGAGUGGUUUGGGUAUCCCAUCGUCGGCCAACCUGAACUUCCGUCCGAACGUGAACACGGAGGACCGAGGAGGCACGCGACCGACCUCGACGCCGUCGUCGGUGGGUCUCGUCCUGGUGACGAUGCUGAUACAUAUCUGUAAAAAGUGGCUUCUCUUUGACACACGACUCAGAGUAGCCUUUUACUGCGGAGCACUGUUUCUCGUCUCGAUAGUAGCGGACUUCAUCCCGAUGCCUCGCACGUACUUUUCAAGAACAGACUCCUUCUUCAACCAGUUCUUUGUUAAGUGGGCCUGGGGUUGGCUUCUCUCAGUCAUUAUCCCGUGGGUGACGCUCACCGCAUACACCCUCGGCUGUGGGCGAAGAGUGAUUCUGGCCAAGCAUUUGGGUCGUGCAAUUUUUGCCACAGUAGCCUGGUUCACGUGGACAACAACGUUUCGGAUGAUCGAGAACCACUUCGGUCGAUGCUUGAAUACUCGCGACCCUCAGCUUCAAUCCAGGUUCAUGUGUUUACAAGCUGGGCGGUUCUGGAGUGGUCUCGACAUUUCUGGGCAUGCCUUCAUUCUUGUCUAUUCGAGCCUUAUUCUCGCUGAGGAGGGAUCUGCUCUCAUUGGGUGGGAAGGAAUAUCGGAUCUUGUCAUGCGAGAGGAGCACAACAGGAGCGCAAUGGCUGAGGCAACCUCUAGACCACUCAGAACUCUGUCGACUACCGAUCUGGCGUUCUUGAAAAAAACACACCAGGCACUUACUCCGUACCUCAGGGCCCUCUUCGUAGCCAUGACCCUCCAACAGAUGCUCUGGGACCUCAUGCUGUCUACUACUAUACUGUACUUUCACAGCAUGGUAGAGAAGCUGUUGGGUGGACUUGCUGCCAUCCUCACUUGGUACAUUACGUAUCACUGGUGGUAUAAACUGCCAAAAAUGAGUCUCUCCGCACCUUCAGAAGGCCUCUUCAAGUACAAUGAUCUUAAACCCACUCGUGAUCCAGCGGCGGCGCGUGUCAGACGUGGAACGUUAAAUGGAUCUGGUCCCAGAUUCAUGGGAAUGCCUCUUAGGACUAGCCAGGAAAACACAGAGUUUCAGAAUUCGACUAGGCAAGCAGAGGCUGAACCAGUUAACUGAAUUUAUGGUCGGAAAUUAUUUGGCUAAUAAAUCAUAAUGUUAACAUAGCAUCGAAAAAACAUGGAAUUGCAACAGAAUUUGGAAUGUAUUGCUUUCCAAAUAACGAGCGAAGUAUUUCGCUAAAUCCAUGACACACAAUUUGAUAUCCAUAGUUCAGGGUAUACUGAAAAUUUGUAAUUCUUACAUUUGGAUUUAUUUGUUGCAUGAGGUAGGAAUGACCAAAAGCCUUGUUAUAUAUAGCAGUCAGAGCUGGUGUGAAAGUGCUCCGUCAAUUCCAUCAUUUUGUAUUCUCACAAUUACGAGACAAUCAAACUUGACAUAAAAUGUUUCAUAAAAUAAGUAGAAGCAUUUAAAAUUACUCUAUGAAUGCUCAUUUUUUAAAUAAUUUGUGUGCAAUGAUUUUGAGUACUAUGGUUGCAAUUUUAAUGAAUUCGCUUACGUAAAGCAUUAUACAUAAUUUAUUAGAAAAAUUCAUUCACUUCAUCACAGAUCAAAAAAAGAUGAUCCAUUAUGAUAUCAUCAAGCAAUUCAAUCUUAUCCUACUCACAUUUUUUCUCAGUUGUAAAAUGAGUACAAUUUACUUUAUUUCAGCCUUUAUAGUUAAUAUUUACUGAAUUUCCGCCAAUUCUAAAGCUGUAAAAUAACAAUUUCACUUGACGCUACAUUACAUAACGUUACGUAUCUAAAUCGUGUGCAUUUUUUGGAGUAAUGUUUUGUAAAGUUAGGGAAUUUUACAUGCGGAUCUCACUGGAUAACAUGUAAAUAUAUUUUUCCGGUGUGAACAAAUGUAUCAGGCGAUCUGCUACCUUCUACCUGGAUUGUUACCUUAAUUUUGUAUUAGAGCAAUUGCUACUUAUAAUGCAGUAUAUUAUUUAUUAACAUAUACACAUAGUUUAAUUUACCAACGUGUUUUUAUUGGUGUUGUUUUGUUUGUUGUAUUCAUGUCAGGUGGUUUUCAAUGGUAGUAUUUAUCAUUCAAAUAUUGACUUACAUGUCAAUCUUGAACUUUCUGCAGUACUGAUUAAGCAAGUACGAUGACGAGCUUAUCACGCACAGGUUUGCAAGUAAUUACGGGUGUUGGUUACAAAUACUAUUACCUUUCAGAAAACUUGGUAUCACAUAAUCAUUGGAUGUUAGGCCAAUUUCUGUGUAACUAGUUCAUUCACAAGUGUAUUUUAGGAAGUAUAAAUGGGGCGUUAAAAUUUACAAGAACAUAAAUCUUUCAUCUAGAAGUCCGUUUCAUCCUGUAAAAAAAAUUAGUUUCUAUACGUUUCUUAAUUUUGUUUAUUGUCACAAAUUCACGACCCCGUGAUCUUCCUGAACCUGAUUAUGAGACAGAUUUUCAUUAAUUAACCAAUGUGUACUGGGCAAUGCGAAACUAUUUUAGUUGUUUGGUAACUAAGGAUAGUCUAUAAUAAAUCUAUACUAUCUUUCUUGAAUAAUAAAUUUAUUUUAUCACUGA